AUGUUCUGGGUGAUCAACACAAGUCAGAAACACUCCUGGCUAGUGAACAAGCUACUUGAUGCUAGGGAAAUCAUCUACCCUUGGAUUAGGCAACGUGUUCAAAACAGUGAAACUACUUACUUUUGGUCUACCAAAUGGUCUCCCUAUGGAAAGCUAUCUGACUACCUUCAAACCGUCGGUGCAAUGCGUCUUCCAGUAACCAAAAAUGCUACUAUUGCUGAACAAUGUGAGAAUGGAGCAUGGGUCGUUCCAAAUGCACGCUCAGACAGACAACUAAAGGUCAUCUCUUAUCUCACUACUUUGUCCAUAACUGACUACGGUGAUGAACCUGAAUGGUGGCCUGGGGAUCAAAAGCAGCCGAGGUUCCAAACGGGUAAGAUCUAUGAUCUGCUUCGCCCCUCUACCCCUACGGUUUCAUGGCAUCGCGAGGUAUGGUUCUCGGGAGGUAUCCCAAAGCAUAUGUUCUUAGUGUGGUUGAUGGUGAGAAACAGGUGCCCCACCGGAGAUAGGAUAAUGCAGUGGCAAACCAUCUUACACCAGCUUCAACAACACUCCACAAACAAGGUGCACAAGACUCUGCUUCUUCUAUGCUGGCAAGCGACUCUUUACACACUGUGGACAGAGAGGAACAACCGUCUACACAACGCUCAAUACUCAUCUUCUGAUGGUUUGGUCUUACCAGAUAAAGCAAACUAUAAAAAACAGAGCUUCCAGCCUAAGGAUUGA